CUAUGGUCAUAUAAUUUCGUCUACCGUAAACAAACCAUUUAAUCGACUUAGAAUUGAUUAAGUAUGCAACUAACUCUUCUGACAAACACUAAAUGUAUUUUGAUAUUAAAAAGUACAGAACAUUGAAAAAGUCUCAAGAAGUCGGCGUGAGAGUUCUGGAGACAGAUGGUGAGCUGGGGGCGUCCCGUAUUUCCACAGCCCUGUAAUACGUGAUCUGGCGAGGGAGACUUGCCGCCAGUCUAUGUAACCCAACUCUCCUCCGGGUUCACGCUUACUGGCACCUCUGUGUGGCUCCCGGCAUGAACCGGAUAUGACGUUAUAUGCGUGUCUGUUGUAAACAUCAUUGGCAAUCACUACCCUGAAACAGUGUACCCUAAGGAGUACCUGGCAAUAUGAGUGAGAUCUGUCCGCAUUGUGGGAAGGGGUUCAAGCGUCUGGCAUCUCACGAGUGGAGGUGCAAAGAGAAGGGAACAGCCGCCAGUCCAUCCUCCACCCUACAGCCUCGUUCUUCUAGCAGUUCCAGCUCACCUUCAGGAGCUGGUCGAUCUACCACACCAUCAGCAGGUAACAGGACAAGUGCUCGGCGACCAACCUCAGCCGAUGUAGGGAACAGUUCAAAAACCGGUGCACCCCAAGGUGCGAGAAGAAGGAGUUCCAACAAACCGGCCGAGGUAGUGGUGAACAUAUGUCCUGAUUGUGGCGCCAACUACAGAUACAAACAUGAUGUCUGUCAUUCUCGGGGGUCGGGGAAACGUGAAGAUAAAGCUGCUUAUGAUGUGAUGGAAGUGUGCCCUGAUUGUGGCCAGACGUAUAAAUACAAACACACGGUGUGUCGUGGAAGCCAGAAGAUAAAUCCUGUCAGACAUCACCGACUGGUCAUUCCAAAUCGGCCACCAAAUCCGACCAAUCAACAAUCUACACGUCACGAAUAUACCACUUGGCACGAACAGGGAAGAGGAACAUACAACUACAAGGGCGAUCUGGCAGAAUCUGAAGGUCUAGCAAGAGCGAAUGUGCAAGGUCAGCGACAUGCACGCCGUCACAGACACGAGAGGACCCAUGACAACUACAAUGGCGUCCUGAAUGAGGAGGAACGCUUGGCCGCUGCUUUUGAAGCAAGUCUGAAUCUGAAGGAAGAAAACCCGUGAGUGCCACCAGCACUCCAGCUGCCUGGCAUGUCCCGUGGUCAUGACAUGGCCUCCAGUAUGCUUUUAUGAAAUAUGAACUUUCGAUCACCAAAAGAUUUACGUGAAUGCUACCUUAUGAUUGGAUGUACGUAUGUGUGCAUAGUAUUAUGGUUGCAUACCUCGGCAGUAUAUUAUUUUAAUGACAAACGUUUAUUAGUGAUAACUGAGUAUUUAGAACCUGUGUUAUUAAUACAACUUCAUAAUAAAUUGCAUCGAGGUCAUUCAUGAGAUUGCUUCACCCACCUAGGACCAUAACUGCUAUGUUAAAUGUUAAAAUUGGGUGGAUGGGUUGGAACAUCGGAACAAAUUGGAAAUAUACUCUCCAAAAAGGUAAAUGCAAUACGGAUAUUAUUGGCCAUCACAGCAACAUUAGCGGACCACGAGGUGCAAAAUGAAUAGGUUUAAUGUGUUAUAGUGUCAGUGACAUGCAAACCAUUAGUCGGGAAACAUGUACGAUUCGGAAAAACGCAGCUAGUGCAUUAACAAAGGGCCAUGGAGCUGCACACACUGCACUUGCAGUAGCACUAUGAACGGUAUUAAAGUGCAGUGUUUUUGAUUGCCUGGCAUCUGCGUCUAUCGAACAGUGAUAGUUCAACAACAUGACAAGAUUAACAGAAGUGAAAAGAAACAACGUCAAAGGCCGCUUGCAGGCAGGGGAAUCGCGAUCAGCUGUAGCCAGGGUUUUCAAUGUAGCGCCCAGCACCAUCACAAGGAUAUGGGAUCGGUUUCAACAGCAUGGGUCAACACGUGAUCUUCCAAGGUCGGGCCGACUAAGUGUAACCACCUCCGCCCUAGAUCGCUACAUCCGACUGCGCCACCUACGCUAAAGGACGAGAACAGCCGCUACCUCAACCACAUCCUAACUGCGCAGAAUCUCCUACCAAACCGUACGAAACCGUUUAAGAGCAGCAGGUCUACGCGCAACAUGUCCUGUUCGACGCGUCAUAUUGACUCGACAACGACAACUGUGUAUUCCAGCAGGAGAACGCUCGACCGCAUAUAACAGGGAUCACAAGAACCUGUCCACACCCGAUAGACCACCUGUGGGAUGAAUAGGAUAAACGGCUACGCCGACAUUAACCACAACCCCAGACGUUGCAGACCGAGUGGGCUACCAUUCCCUAGGAUGUGUAUCGCAUACUCGUCUCUUACAUGGGCAGGACAUGUCAGGCCGCUAUUGAUUCCAACGGGGGAUAAACGCGUUGUUGAUGGUAGCUGACCUUCACCUUAGACUUUUCCUAUGUACCGAUAACUGAGAUGACUACAAUCACCAAGUGUUCUCUCCACAAACUGUUGGCUCAAUACUUUGCACGGUCCCUCGUAUAAAUAAAUGUAUUUUCCUACGUCACACAAA